AUGUGGAUUGAAAUUAUUCCACCGAUGGCUAUUAUAGUUGCCGCUUUAGCCGGACCAGGAUAUGCUACUUAUUGGUUGCAUCAUCUUGUUUUAGGAAAUCAUUUCAGACGUACAUUGAAAGAAAGAUGGGAACGCCACCUCUACCAACGGGACCUACGACUUACUGGGAAUCCCUAUAAUGUUAUUGGCUUAGAGGGAAUUCCAGAUGAAGAAACAGACAAGAAGAAAUAG